AUGGCCGAAACACUGCCUUCUAUGUCAGACGCUGUGCGAAAGAGGACAAUUGCAGACUGGGUUGUGAAGACGAAAAAGCAGGUCGUGAAGCUCUACGCUGUUGUCAAAUGGUCCCGCGAUGCAGAGACGGUGCAAAAAUGCAUGAACAUUAUCGGCUUUAUUCUCCUUCAAAAUAGAGAAUUCGGUUUUGCAACGCAGGGACUUCUCGACAUCAAGGAGGAGCUGGAUCCUAACCGUGUACGCAACCACGAUCUGUUGACCUCUUUGGAUGUCCUCACGACUGGAUCAUACCUUCGCCUGCCUUCUUGUAUCAAAAAACUCGUGGUGCCCCCGACGCCUCUCAAUGAUGAACAAGUCAAGAAGACCCUGGUGGAUAUGGAGAGCGCGAUACUAUACCGUUUGCGAAUGACAGAGAUUAUCCCAGUGGAGAUGUCAAGAUAUAAGAUUGCUGACGGUCGAGUCCAUUUCACCGUCCCAAAAUUGUUCGAGGCAUCACUCUGCCUCCAGGGUCCAACUUCCUCAGCCGGUUGGUUCUUCGUACAUGUGGAGUUCUUGAUCAACGUCGGUGGCGAUUUGUCUGGCCUUCAAGAGUUUCCGCGGAUUCCACCCGGAAUUAUCAAGCGACACAUAACGGAUGAGGCAGACUUUCGUUUAUCCUACUAUAUCUUCCAAGACAUGGACCCCGAACGACCAAAGUUGCCCGAGAAUGUAGUGGAUACUCCUCUGAUACGACUUUACAACUUCCUUCGUAACAUCCACCUUUCAACAGUCUUUGCACAUUCUACUGAACGAGUUUCUGUGGCACAGGCCGGACGAAUGCGAACCCUUGGCUGGGGUGAAUAUCUUUCCGUCAAUAUGUCGGCCGACCGAAAGACGCUGAAAGUGUCGUACUGGCUUCGGCCCCCGCCUCCAGCCAACCAGCCGCGACCUCGAACAAAGCAACCGCCGCAUGGCGGGUCUCUGACUAUCGCUAUUGAAACCGUCGAUCCGCAUUCUUCGAGAACGCCAAAGGAGCACGUCAUGGCCCGUCUUCAGCAAGAGCUCAAGCUGGGGAAUGCAAAACCGUCUGAUACAAUUGAGAAGAUGAGACUUCGCGUUACUUGGGAGCCAUCGCAAGGCGUCCUUGGAGUAGACGUGGCCCAAUCUGAAGUUAACUUCCAUCCGAGUGAACUGGAGAUUGAUGCGGACAAUCUCGACUUCGAGUCGCUUUUGCUCAAAGUCAUUGACAAGCAUGUGACGGCGAUUCUCAAGGCCCUGACAUUCAAGCUACAGCAUGACCCGAACGGGGAGUUCUCUGCUCCGGGGGUUGUCACAGCAGAAAAGGAUACACUUUCUGUUCGUCUAUGUGCUGACGAAGUUGUGACCAUCAACAUCGACUCGCGUACGGGGCGUAUAAACCUCCGAGACACCAACGGCCUUGUGGUUGCAGGAAGGGCUCCUCGAUUCUACUUCGUUGCCCUUACAAUCAACCAGGCACCGGAGCUUCUCAUCGACCGACUGAAGCAAAAGGCCCAAAUCCUCGGACUUCAAUACUACAAGAGCCGCAACUUUACAAGUCAAGGGUUGGACAGGCUCGGAAAAUGUCGCGGCAUGCUUUUCAUCUUGGUGUCCAAAUCUCAGCAAGCGCAAGCCCUGCACAUCCGUGCCCAGGUUGAACAUUACCUCGUGCUGGUGGUUAAGACAAAGGGUUUCUCUUACGCCUUGAUCACUGCCAGCGCAAAUCCUUCAGAUCCGCUGGCCCCACUCAAAGUGGACGACGUCGCCUACCUCGACUAUGACCGAUUACCUUUCGCCAAUUCGGAGACGGGCGCCCCUAUCGCACCGGCGACACCUGUCAAUAUCUACGAAUGGAUUGCCAAUGACUUUGGUGCUUCUACCGGGUUCGAUCUGACAACUCAGAUGCUGAAGGAGCUGUUCCGCUAUUGCUGUGCCCGUGUUGCAUACAUGACUGUCGAAAAGCAGCUCAAGGUUCGCGGGAUUCCUUUCAAGAGAGUCGCUCCGACUUCUGGCAUCCCUCUCUCUCCCGAGCUGGCAAAGAUGCAAUCGCCUCUCGCCCGUUCCGUUCCCGCACUUUGCGUGCAGGCCACGCACAUUUUAUCUGGAGCACCCGCUGCGGAAGCUGCUAUGCCCAACAUUCGCGUGAUCCCCAUAAAUUGGUGGUCGUCGCAUGAGAAUGUCCAGGUCAUAACCUGCGUCAAACUCAAGUAUGUCCAACAACCGUUCGGGAAGAGGGCAGGAGGCGGUAGCAGUGUCAUUCGCCCUUCCAAGCGGAUUAUUUAUGACACAAAGGAGGCGGUGGUUUCGUUCCUAUCUGAAAAUGUGGACACCUGUGUCGACGAAUUUUUGGAAGAGUGGGCACGGGUUUCAAAAAUGGUUGUCAUCGCCCGUGAAAUUGCCAAGAUGUCGAAGGAGAGAGGGUGGAAAGAUAUCAAGCUACUAUCCUUUGACCUACAGACCGUGGAAUUUGCUUACGCUCCAGGAUAUUCUGUUUCCAUCACCUGUGAAAACCAACUAUCAAUAAUAGGCGGCAAGUUCGAUCUUCGAUUCACAAGACAUGGAGACGAUGAUCAGCAGGAUACUUUCAACCCGCACGAUGACGCUGAGCCCUACCUCAGCAACAUUCUUCACCAUGGGCAUAACCGUCUCGCUUCGGCCUUGGAGAGUUUAGUUCGUAUCUUGACUGAUACUCUUCCUAUUGCCGUCGAGUUGGAGAGCAUCAGGAAGGAGAGUAUGGAGAGUGGGUUCUUUGUCGAUACAUUUGCCAAAGCUUCUGGGUGGUAUCGUAUACUGUAUCCAGAUCUCAAACAUGCUCUGGAUUUCCGGGUAUUGAGGGACCAUCGAGUGGCCAUUGUUGAUGCCUCACAUCCUCUUCACAAACCUGCAAGGCCUGCUGAGCCGCCAACACCCCCUCCAUCUGACUCGAUGAAUACGGAUCCACCGGAGCCUUCUUCGUCCACCGCAACCGUAUCAGCAUCCACUUCGACAUCCACCUCGCUCAGCGCCUCGAGCUCGCAAUCCGGGAACGCCAAGGGGUCUUACUCGCCCGGCCUUCAGCCAUUACCUGGAUUCGCCGAGAUCGUCAAGGAAGCUGUCGCCGCCACCUUGAAAGAGCAAAAGGGCAUAAAGUAUUUGGUCAACAUCGACGUGGGCGUUGUCUGCGAGACCUCAAUCGCGAGACUGAUCGCUCGGAAACUUCAUGAAAAGGUGGCUGAGAAGCUAAAGGCUUCAUAGCCCACCCCAUGCUGUUUGCUUGCCUGACUAACCCGCUUGCGCUUUCUUAGCUACCAUGUCAUAUGUACGAAACUGACGGCUUUCUGCUUUGCAACUUGUUGUCAUAUAUCCUGUUUUGUCGGUGUUCCUUGUAUAUCGUAACAUCAUCAUCCCAUUCAUCGCUAUACCCUCUAGAGCAUUUAUUUUAUUGUACCAUACGCGACUUUUGCAUAAUACCAAGUGUUUGAGAUG